AUGGCAGAUCGCCAGGAGCCUCCCCGUCGCAAUGCGCUGCUCUCUCUAGAGGAACUUAAUCGCAUUGUGCUUGAGUUUUUGAACAAAAAGGGCUAUGCUCGUACCGAAGCCAUGUUGAGGCUCGAGUCUUCGCGGGCCUUCACCCAGGGCUCAGGCUCGGCCACCGGUGUGAGUACAGGCAUCAUGCCGUUGCUACCAACUCCCAACUCCCCGGAAAUGUACUCCCGUGCGUACUUGGCCUUGAAAGAAUGGGUUGAAUCUUCGUUGGAUUUGUAUCAGCCCGAGCUUGCUCGCGUUCUUUACCCGGUUUUUGUGCACCUCUACUUGGAGCUCUUGAAACAAAACUAUUUGGACUAUGCCCAAGAUUUUUUCGACAAGUUCUCUGAAUCCCAUCUUGUUUUGCACAAAUCAGAAAUUGACACUCUCGCAGGCCUCAACCUACCUCAGCACGUUGAGGAAAAUGAGACCGCUCAACUGUUUUUACAACGCAAGUAUAAAGUGCUAAUGUCGCACACUUCCUUGGACCUGCUGUUGUCCUUUUUACACAGCAUCGAAAGUAUAGGCGGUAUUAUUAUGGUUCAUGUCAUUAAUGACCAUGUCGAUGUUGAAAUCACCCCGACUCAAACCCUCAAUGCUCCAUCGGCUGGCCUUUUGCCAGGGGAUGGACCUAAUGGCUCGGUUACCGCCUACAACUCUCAGUCUGUACGCUUGGGUCGCAUGCCUUUAGAGCCCGAAUUCCAGCAGGAGGUCACAGCUAUGCUUGAACAGAAGGACAAGACAGAGAAAAACGACCCCCCACUUGCCACAGUUUUUGCUGAUUCGACGGCUGCAGAGACCGAUUCUCCUGCUGUCGAGUCGCUUCCGCUGCCAAAAUAUCGCCCUGCAGAUGUUCAAGCCACUAUCAAAAAGCUUGUUGACUCUCAAAAUCGAAUCAAGCUGGGCGUUGCCCAGGCUCCCUUACCGAGUGUCUGUAUGUAUACUUUCCACAACACACACGAUGAGAUGAACUGCUUGGCUUUCAAUGACGAUGCAACUCUGGUUGCUGGUGGUUUCAGCGAUUCUUUUGUCCAACUAUGGAGUCUCAAAGGCGACAAGCUGUCGAGCAUGAUUAAAGAAGAGAACGCAGGUGUUUCGCCAAGCUCUACCCGUAGACUGAUUGGCCAUGCUGGCUCAGUGUUUGGUGUUUCUUUCGCACCUGAUAAUCGCACACUGCUGAGUUGUUCAGAGGACCAAACCGUCCGUUUGUGGUCUCUAGAUACUUACACCGCUUUGGCUGCGUACAAGGGCCAUAGCGAGCCAAUCUGGGACGUCAAGUACGGUCCUUUUGGACACUAUUUUGCCACUGCGUCUCAUGAUCAGACUGCUCGUCUGUGGAGCUGUGAUCAUAUCAACCCCCUCCGGGUUUUCGCCGGUCAUAUGAGCGAUGUCGAUAACAUCUGCUGGCACCCGAACGGUACUUAUCUCUUUACCGGUUCCACUGACAAGACGCUGCGCAUGUGGGAUAUUUCACGCGGCCAGUCUGUUCGUGUCUUUAUUGGGCAUUCUGGCUCUAUUACUGCCACGGCAGUUUCUCCAGACGGUCGCUGGCUGGCCAGCGCAGGUGAAGAUAGUGUUAUCCAUCUUUGGGAUAUCGGCUCUGGCAGACGUCUGAAAACUAUGCGUGGACAUGGCCGCAUGAGCAUCUACUCGCUCGCGUUCAGCCAGGAGGGAUCCGUUCUAGUAUCCGGUAGUGCCGAUAACUCCGUCAGAGUUUGGGACGUCAAAAAGAACACUCCUGAAACUGGAUCAGAGCCUGAACCUUACGAGUCGCAGAUUCCUGCCAAACUUGGCGCAGAACAGCGCAAACGCAAGGACAUUCAGGCUUCCAGUGACCAGAUGGCUGUAUUUUACACAAAGCGGACACCUGUGUACAAUGUUCAGUUUACUUCUAGGAAUCUUGUUUUGGCAGGUGGUGCGUUUUUGAGCUAA